CGGCUUAUCACCCCUCCGCCGAAAUUCGCUGUCUGGUCGCACAGACUCACCAAAGCGCGACGCGCUUCUCCUCCUAAGAGAGCAAAUUCUGGGCACUGUCCCCCAAACAUCAUCCUCGCUGAUCACUUCGAGUAAUCGCCCCUCAAUCUGUCCACGUUCCCAAUGUCCGAAUCCCAGCCCGCCCAAGCUCCCGGAGCGCAAGGCCAAGGCCGGGGCGGCCGUCGACGAGGCCGCGGAGGAGGCUUUGGAGCUGCUCGCCAACCGGGACAAACCGAUGGUCACCAUCACCAUUCUCAUGAUGGCGCUGGAAGGGGUGCAAGAUCUAGGGGCCAGGGACCCCGUCGCGGAGGCGGCGGAGGAGGUCGAGACAAGCAGAAUCGCUCGGGGAACAAGUCGGAGGCUUCUGCCGAGGGUGGACAGGGUGGUGCGAAUGUUCAGACAGUAUUAGAAGGCAAGGGGAAGCAGCCUGUCACGACAGAAGAGUCUGAUGAUGACGAUGACGGCGAAAUCUGCUUCAUUUGUGCUUCGAAGGUCGACCACACCUCGGUCUCGCCGUGUAAUCACCGGACUUGUCAUAUUUGUGCGCUGAGAUUGAGGGCCUUGUAUAAGAAUAAAGCUUGUGCUCAUUGUCGAACGGAAUCCAACUAUGUUAUCUUCACGGAUGACCAUGCCAAGCGCUAUGAGGAUUUCAAGGACUCCGAUUUCUCGCAGAUGGACGAAAACCUAGGGAUCAAGUACGAGAACAACGAUAUCUUCGAAGACACAGUACUGCUGUUGCGGUACAAUUGCCCGGAUAGAGGUUGUGAUGUAGCUUGCUUGGGAUGGCCUGACCUGCAUCGUCACGUUAAAAGCAAGCAUGGCAGGGUGAUGUGUGAUCUUUGCACGCGAAACAAGAAAGUGUUCACGCAUGAACAUGAGCUUUUCACCAGUGCAGAGUUGCGCAAACACGAGAAGCAUGGAGAUGACGUGCCUGGUGCCAUAGACCAGAGUGGAUUCAGAGGUCAUCCUGAGUGUGGUUUCUGCCGGCAACGGUUUUAUGGCGAUGACGAAUUAUACGCACAUUGUCGUGACCGUCACGAAAGAUGCCACAUUUGUGACCGUCGCUCCGGCGGCCGCCAGCAACAGUACUACAUCGACUACAACGCUCUCGAAGACCACUUCCAGAAGGAUCACUUCCUCUGUCUCGACCGUGAGUGUCUGGAAAAGAAGUUCGUUGUCUUCGAGUCCCAGAUGGAUCUCAAGGCACAUCAACUUGAAUGCCAUCCCAACGGCCUAUCUAAGGACGCCAGACGCGACGCUCGCACCGUUGACUUGUCAACCUUUGAUUACAGAACUCCUUACCAACCUCAACGCCAGCGUCGGGGUGCUGGUCGUGGACGCGAUCCCAACGCGGAGCCUCUGCCUGUCUCCAGCGCUCAGCCCUUGAGAAGAGACGAGGUUGCGUAUCAACGCCAAAUGGCCAUCCAGAGUGCCCAAUCCGUCUCGACCCGCAGCUUCGGCGGCCAACUAACACGCAACGACACUCAGCCUGUGCGUGCUCCGGCUCGUCCUACACCCGCCCAGACCCCUACCGCAUCCACUCCAGUUGCCGAGAUGGAGAAUCUCAAUCUCAGCGCAGACUCGGCCUCCGUUACUCCUCAAGAAAAAGCCCGCCGUCUCCGCCAUGCAGCCGUCGUUGAAAGAGCCUCGAACCUCCUAGGCAACGACCAGAACAAGCUCAAGGAAUUCCGUGCCCGGGUUUCCAGCUACCGCACCUCCUCCAUUUCCGCCACUGAACUCAUCGACGCCUUCUUCUCACUCUUCGAUACCUCCAGCACCGAAUUGGGCAAACUCAUCAAAGAGCUCGCGGAGAUUUACGAAGACGAAGGCCAGCGCAACGCGCUCCUCAAAGCCUGGAACGAUUGGCGUGCCAUUAAUGAAGACUACCCAGCUCUGCCCGGCCCCGGCGGUAUGCUCCCCGGCAUGUCCCCAGGAACCGUGAACGGCAGCGGAGUGGGUGGAAAGCGUGUCCUGCGCCUCAAAUCCUCAACAGCCCAGUCUUCCCGUUCCUACGUCGGCAGAAGCGGCGCCAUGCCUUCUUCAUCCACCUCUUCCUCCGCCGCCAACCCCUUCCCUCCUCUCUCCUCGACCACCGCCCGCUCUAUCCCCCGAACCUCCAAGCCCGCCGCCACUACCCCCUGGGGCGCCGCCGCCGCCGCUGCAGCUCCCUCAGCCCCUACCUCUGCCUUCAGCAGCGCCACCUCUUCCCGCUCCGCCUCGCGCGCCCCGGCCCGCCCAGUCAACGCCACCAGCUCCGAAGCCUUCCCUGCUCUCCCUGCUGCUCCCAAGCCCAACGUCCUCAUGGCAGGUCUGACUCGCGGCACCGUCCGCUGGGAAGACCGUAACAAGCCAACCGCGAACGCCUGGGCUUCUCGGAACGACCCCGGCGCUAGCUCGUCCAAUGCGGAGGAUGACUUCCCCGACGGCACAAUGGCGACUCUUCUACCUCCCCCGUCGAAGCGUCAGAGGACGGAGACCGCUGAGCGGGCCCGUCAGCAGCAGGAGAUCCAGAGUAUCCCAGAGAAUCUGGGUAGCAUUCGUGUGCAAUUCUUCGACCAGGCGACGGGAUCUGCGACCGGGCCGGCGGUGUCCGUUCCAGUCGCUGAUGCCAGUGUGAAGAAUCUCGAGACGCUGUUGAAUACGUUACAAGGCAAUGAAGAAGAUGAGCGAGUACCGUACCGGUUCACAUACCAAUCCGAUGGCAAAGACAAGAACGACCAGACAAUCGAUAUCCUCUCCGACCUGUAUCACUCCCUCUUGAAGCCCGGCCUGAAGACGACCGAAGAUACUGUACAUCUCUACUUCACUCCCCAGGCUGUGUUCCGCGUCAAAGCCGUCUCGCGAUGCUCCGCCUCGAUCGCUGGACACGGCGAGGCAAUUCUUGCGACCAGCUUCUCCCCUGUCAACUCAUCCACAAUGGUUACCGGCAGCGGUGACUCUACAGCUCGCGUCUGGGAUUGCGACACUGGAACGCCUCUGCACACCUUGAAGGGACAUACCAGCUGGGUGCUGGCGGUCAGCUACUCGCCUAACGGCGCCAUGAUUGCGACAGGAAGCAUGGACAACACCGUGCGCUUCUGGGACGCAAAGAAGGGCACCCCAUUGGGCGCGCCUUUGAAGGGACACGCCAAAUGGAUCACCAGUCUGGCGUGGGAACCAUACCAUCUUCAGCAGCCCGGUCGGCCGCGCCUGGCGUCCGCUUCCAAGGAUUCAACCGUCCGCAUAUGGGACGUGGUCUCGAAGCGCAUCGACACCGUCCUCACCGGGCACAAGGGCUCGGUGACCUGCGUCCGCUGGGGCGGAACCGGUAAUAUCUACACUGCAUCUCACGACAAGACUAUCAAGGUGUGGAAUGCUCAGAACGGCACCCUGAUCCAGACCCUUUCUGCGCACGCCCACCGCGUUAACCAUUUGGCCCUGUCUACCGACUUUGUCCUCCGCACUGCCUACCACGACCACACCGGCAAGGUGCCGCAGGCGGAUGCCGAGAAGAUCGCGGCAGCCAAGCAGCGGUUCGAGCAGGCGGCGACCAUCAACAACAAGAUUGUCGAGAAGCUUGUGUCCGCAAGUGACGACUUCACCAUGUACCUGUGGGAACCUGGGAAUUCCAGCAAGCCCGUUGCGCGACUGUUGGGACACCAAAAGGAGGUGAACCAUGUGACGUUCUCGCCAGACAUGGCGUACAUUGCGUCGGCGGGCUUCGACAACCACGUUAAGCUAUGGAACGCGCGUGACGGAAAAUUCAUCACGACACUCCGCGGCCACGUGGGCGCCGUGUACCAGUGCUGCUUCUCGGCUGAUUCCCGGCUGCUAGUCUCGUCGUCCAAGGACACGACACUGAAAGUAUGGAAUGUGCGGACAGGCAAGUUGCAAGAGGAUCUGCCGGGCCACAAGGACGAGGUGUUUGCGGUAGAUUGGAGUCCGGAUGGACAGAAGGUGGGAAGUGGGGGGAAGGACAAGGCGGUGCGGAUAUGGAGGAAUUAACCAUACCAUCCAUACCCAUAGCUCUCUCUACACUUAUACUUCGUACUAUACUAUAGAACGCAUGACAC